AGCAAUGUCGAGGAGAUUCCGCAAUUAAUGUCGUGUCUGCUGUCUCUGGGCAUCUCAAUGGUGAUAAUUGAAGACAAGAGCUUGGCUUCGCCGGGUCAGAAGGACCCUUCAAGCAUUCAGAGCCGCGACUAGAGACAGUGAGAUCAUGAUUACGGCAUGGAUCGAGAGCUUCACCACCCGCACGCCGGAGGAGAACGAAGCCAAAGAAUUAACGUCGGUCCAGCUGGCCCUCGAAGAUGUGUUGGCGCGUGCGGAACUCUACAAGAGCCGCGGAGCGGAGUCUAUUAUAAUCCCAGCAAAGCGAAAAGCCCGCUCGAGGUCUUGUCAUUUCUGAAUCACUUCCGAUCCCAAGAUGCGGACACCCCCCUGGUUGUGGUACCAACCAGCUACGGCUCUAUUACAGACCAGGAGUUGCAUCAAGCCAGAGUAAAUGUCGUCAUUUAUGCGAAUCAUUUAAUGAGAGCGAAGUUUACCGCAGUUGAUGCUUUGUCGACCUUCUUGCUGGCCACGAGGUAAGUCGGGGUUCUCGUUUGGGAACAAGUCUUGGGACCGUGUCCCUUCAAUUUCGAAACUUCAGGUACUCUACUACGAAACACUUGUGUGGAAUUCAAUGACCA